AUGGGUGGUGUGGAGAAGAUGAAGUACGUGGUGGUGACCAGCGGCGUCGUGAGCGGGCUAGGGAAUGGUGUCGCCGCCAGCAGCAUCGGCGCCGUCCUCAAGGCCUGCGGUUUGCGAGUCACCUUCAUCGAGAUAGGCAAGUUCUUCCAUGUCUUCCUUAUUCGGCAGAUCACUCACACAGCUCCAUGUCUUCAUGAAUCCUGA